AUGUCGGAAGAGGAGCAACAGUCUCAAGCUGGUGACGCAAGUGCCACACCCACGCGGCAGCCCGAGCCUUAUUGGCGAUCACGUGCGGACACCGCUGCAAAAAUACCCAACCCUAUGUACGCUUCAAAUGCAGGCACCACACCGCAGCCUCAGUCACUGCGAUCACGUGCGGACGACGCUGCCAAAAUACCGAAUCCAAUGUACGCCUCAAAUGCAGGCGCCACACGUAUGCGGCAGCCCCUAUCAUAUUGGCGAUCACUUGCGAACGCCGCUGCGAAAAUGUUCAACCCUAUGUACGCCUUUAUUAGUUCAGAUGGCGCGCAUCCGGGUGGAGCGAGCGGCCGCCGUGGUGUCUGUAGCUUCCUCCGCGCCCAUCGCAGCUGUCUGGCCGCCGGCAUCGCCGUGCUACUGAGUCUAAUCGCCGUGGGACUCGCCCCUCUGACGUUCAGCAACAAACAGGAAAUAUCUCAACUGUCGACUACUGUGAAGCGCGACCAGGACGACAUACGCCAUCUGUCCGCCACUGUUGACGCCUUGAAGCGCGGCCAAGACGCCUUGAAGAGCUACCAAGACGACAUGCGUCAACUGUCCGCCGCUGUAAACGCCUUAAAGCGCGAACAAGACGGCAUACCCACUGCUGUUGACGACUUAAAACGCGAUCUGGACAACCUGUCGACUACUGUGAAGCGCGACCAGGACGACAUACGCCAUCUGUCCGCCACUGUUGACGCCUUGAAGCGCGGCCAAGACGCCUUAAAGGGCUACCAAGACGACAUGCGUCAACUGUCCGCCGCUGUAAACGCCUUAAAGCGCGAACAAGACGGCAUACCCACUGCUGUUGACGACUUAAAACGCGAUCUGGACAACGAGCGAAGCCGAAUCGCCACCUUGGAUCAGCGUCUGCACGUGAUUGAGAAGACUUUACCAUCUUGUCCUGAAGGUUACACAAUCUGGCGUGGAAUCUGCUACAAGGCAUUUGACGCACGCAAGUCCUUCAGCGAAGCGGGCGCGACCUGUCGUGCAGACGGCGGCACUCUCGCCAUGCCCCGAGACGCUGACACCAACGCCUUCCUGUUCUCCCUGUACAUGUCCGUGAACGUCCGUUUUGCCUACUGGAUUGGUCUUCACGAUCAGACCGAAGAGGGGAAGUUUGAGUGGGUGGACGGUUCUGCACUUGGGCCGUACAACUCCUGGGGUCAGGGAGAACCGGAAAAAUAUGGGGCCGACGAAGAUUGCGUCGCUUACUCCAGAAAAAAUUACCGGAGAGACAAAUGGAUCGACGCACCCUGCCACUAUCAGCAUAACUUCGUAUGCCAGGCUGUUCCAGGUACUUAUCAUAUCCGCAUUAUUUCCUGA